GGCGAUAAGGACGGUGUGCGUUUUCUUCGAUCGUGAAACGUGCGAGCGGAAAGAGGACGGAAAAAGCAUACCGAUACGAAGACACGGCAGUACCGGAUUUGUUUGGGGGCUGAUCGUUUCUCGCGUCGACGCGCCCGCACCCGCAACGACUUUUCUCGUCCGUCCGCAGCGAAAGCGAAUGCGCUGCACCGCAUGAAACGUUCCGUUCGAUAUUGUUCGACACCGCACCGCGCCACCGUUGCGUUCUCCCGAUAACGGAGUAGCGUACGCACGCGCGCUCGUUCGCUCGUUCUGUCCAUUCCCAUCGAUUAUUGUCCGCCGACGACAACAGCGACGACGAGCGAUUGCGACGCACAACUGCUACGACGCGUUUAACGUUCAGUCCGCGCGCCCUCCUCUUUCUUUCUCUCUCGCUCUCUCUUUCUCUUCGUUCGACAAAACUUCAGUCACUACCCGUCGUACACGGCCUUUCGAUCGCGUCCGCAUCCCGGCCGAUCGGUGAUCACUUGUCGUCCAAGUCGUCCCGCCAAUCGUCAUCAUUGAUCCGUCCGUGCCCGGCAACGGUUCGCCGUACCAACGGGGGCCCCUUGGCCACCCUAACUUCCAAAGGCGCAUUCUCCGCAUCACCCGACGUGUGCGCACCGUCCAGGUGCCCGUGGCGACCAGGAGAACGAUGAACUCCGUCAGCAGCGGCGAGGCGGCCGCCGCCCAGUUGCGGCACGACUACGCGUUCAUCUUCGAAUUACUGGACAAAAUCAACAAGUUCAUCAGCACGAAGUCCCAUCCCAACGAUGAUUAUCUCAGCGUACCAGAAAUUCAAGCCAUAGUUGACCAACAUUUAAGAAUGAAAAAUUUUCAAUUUUCAAAUCAUUCCCAAAGAAUUAUUCAUUUUAUUCUGUAUCUGAAUACAGAGAUAGAAAAUUGCAGUUGGGUUAAAGAAGAUCCAUCGCUAGAACUUAAACGAUAUGUUCAUGGUAAAUCCAUCACUAGGAAUACAUAUUAUAAACUUGUGGAUAUAUUGGAAUUGAGGCCUUAUGUGGAAGAACUUAUAACAUGCACACCAUACAGUUUUUGCCGCGAUUUAGUUGAUAUUACUUUGAAUAAGAUUAAAGCUAUGGAUGCACUUUUACAACUAUCAGCGACAGAGAGUUUAGUUAUUGCAUUGAUGAAAUCUGUUAAAUGUGGGCCUGUAGGAUCCAAUUUAGAAAGUCCUUUAACUAGCCAUUUCAAUCAAGCCAUGUUAGUAUUUGGUAAGGAUUAUUUGCCCCAAGAUAUCAGAAGAAUUGAUUUAGAAGAAGAACAAAAAGAAACGACUAAGUACAAUGGAUAUCGUGUGAAAACUAUUUUCUCAAUACUUGUAGAAAUGAUCAAAUUUGAAGAUGUUAUUGACAAUUACAAACUAUAUCCCUUGUAUACAUUAGAAUCAUUACGUUCUGUAGACCCAUCAGAUGUUUCUGGAAGAACAAUGUUUAAAAAGUUUUUUGAUGUGGUCAUGUACAAGUGUAUGAAUAUGUGUAAUUUCAGUAUUGAUGCAUGGCUUUCAUGGUAUGAGAUUGAAGUUUCCGGACAAGAUUCCAAUCUACAAUCAGCAAUUGGACAUCUAUGUUAUGAGUUGUGUAGUUUCAUAGACAGUGGAGCUAUUAAUGAAGGUUUCUUAAAGGAAUUUAGACCUAUUUUACGCAAUAUAUCUAUAGAAAGGAUUGAUUUUGCAAGCGUCAAUAGCUCUGACAUUGAUGGAAUGGUUGAUCGUGUUAAUAAGUCUUCCAAAUUUCAUCUUAGCGGUUGGAUAAAAAGAAUGAUUGAAAAUACUAAUGUUUUUACUCAUCCCCGUGCCAUUCAAGCAUUAGAUAAUUGCAUGGAAAACAUUGAUUACAAUUGUUAUAAAUAUAUUGUUGAUAAUUAUUUGACCCAUUGUAGAAAUGGAGGCUCAGUGGUUGAACCAAUGGGUAUUGCUAUAUACAGGGGAAUUAAACACUUGGAUAUUGAGGAUAAAAUGAGCUUGCUUCGACACGUUAUUGUUAAUCAUGCAGAAAAUGAAUUUUAUUUAUCAGAAGAUUUUGAAGAAACAAUGCACUAUGUUGCCCACAAUGAAUUCAAUGAGAAAAUUGAUCAAAAAGAAGUGAUGACAAAGUUAAUUUGGCUUGUUAUGCAGCAACCUAAAAGAAUACUUCAUUUAUUAAUAAAACAAUAUGUCAGUGGAAUUUGUGGUUUGCCGGUAAAAAGUAUCGACUGUCAAAGGUCAUGUUUACACAGAGUACUGGUUGAAAUUCAUUCAAACAUGAAUCCACAAUUUAUUUAUCAAGAAUAUUCAAAUUGGUUAGAUUUUAAAGCAUCAUUAGUAGAAAAUGAAAAGUUUAAUCUUCGCCAAUGGAUUUCUGGAUCCAAAAUGUUACGUUUGAUAAGACCAAAAGCUUUUCUUGCAAAUGUUCUUGUACCUCUUCUCAACCCUGGAACAAAUUAUGGACAUAUGAAUUUUUUGAUUUCCAUAGUUCAAUUUUUUCUCUUAGAAUGUCAAUUGAUGACAUUACCUGAUAUAGAUGUAUGGGAUAAAUUAUUAAUUCGGUUGGCUAAAAUACUGGAUGAAGCACGUUGGACCAUUGAAAAUUAUUCAACUAGUAGAGUUUUUUUAUGUGAAGCUCUCAUUACGACUGCACAACCAAUUCUUCAUUAUGCGUCUUAUAUCAUCCAACCAAACAAUUUAGAUAGUAUCAAACAAGAGUUAUCAACUUUGCAUUUGAUGACUCGUGCUCAUUUUCUACGCUUUUGGGCAGCUGAUUAUAUAACAAUUGAAGGAAUGGACGAACACUUCAUUAUGACUAUUCAAUCUCACAGUCAUAUUUCAUUCUCUAAUUUAAAUAAAUCAUCGACUCAACUCUGCCGUGAAGAAUUUAUCUUCAGUAUUGCUACAUAUAUGCCUAAGUUUACGAUGCAUGAAGUAAAAUGUUUUGUGGCCAACUACCUAAGUUCAGCGAAAAUUGAAAAUAUUAUCGAGGCAUCAUUUUUCUUAUUGGAUUGUGUUAUGAAUGCUGUCAUGAGAAUUAUUGUAUAUGUGAAAACUACUGUACAAAAACCAUAUAGCGAUGAAUGUGCUUGGGAUUAUGUGGGUGGUCUGGUUAACAACUUCCUUGAUACUGUAAAUGCAUCAAAAAUGUCUUGCAUUUAUAAUCAAGAAGCUGAUGUAAAAAUGGCAGUCGAAUGUAUAACAAAAGUUAUAAUGGUAGUAAAACAAUUGGAUAAUGUUCGCCAAAUGCCAUUAUUAGUUUUUAUUCGCCGUAUAGUUGGUUCACUUGUUCAUUCAUUGGAUGAAGAAUCCACUUCAAAACUUGUAUCUUUGAUUAUCUCUAUAAAAACUCCGAAUUCUUUAACAGUGCUGGGAAAUACAGUUAGUGCGUUGAUUAGUACUGUUCUACACACUUCAAAUUAGUUUCUUGCUAAGUACAAUUCCCAAAUAUACAAGUUAAAAUAUUAAAAA